AUGUUCAUUUCCAUGGCUCGCCUAUUAACGGAAAUCCUCUUACUUAUAACAUUAGUCGGCCUUUUUUCGUGGAUUGCCGCAACGGCUACGCCCCGCAGCGAAGAACGGGCAGCCCCUAAAGUCCGCGAUGCUCUAGUGUAUAGGGAUACUGCCAGCCUAUUUGGCCCCGAGUCGUACGGCAAGAGGCACGAAGAUGCCCGGAGGCCAUCAGAAGUCGCUAAGCCAAGCCUCUCCGUCAGAGGCGCCGCAGAGAAGGUGCAGUUGGAUACCAGAAAGACCGCUGCCAAGAAGCCACCAGCUGCCAAGAGGGCUGCCGCCUCUCCCAAAAAGUCUUCUGCUCCAAAGAAAACCGCUCCUAAAAAUGUUCCUACUCCUAAGAAAGCCGCUACUCUCAGGAGGCCUUAUCCCACGAAGAAAACUACUCCGAAGGCCACGAUCAAGAAAGCUACGGCCAAGAAGCCUGUCGCUUCGAAAUAG